GCUCUCGUGGCAUGAGUCGCGAUAGUAUAUUCUUAGUAGAAAAGUUGCAAAACUUGACAAGGUUCGCAGACACCGAGGGUGACAAAGCGGGAAUGGCGUACGGGAAACUACACGUAUUACCAUUGAGUCUCUUCAUCUUGAUUCCCGUGACAUUCGUAAUUACAUACACCAUAUCAGUGCAAUGGGACCACGUGGUACCUGGAUUCCCUUAUAUAUCAGAGACCGGCACAUUAUCACCGGAAUCCUGCAUAUUUGCGCAAUGCCUAAACAUUGCAGCUCUUUUACUCGGAUGCUGUGUCUACAUUAGGCAUCGACAAGUACUGCAAUGGCAGAUAGAGAGAGGUCGUGAUCUUGUAAGCAGAAGAAUUAUUACGGUGACCGCGUGCUGCGGCAUCCUCGCUUGUUUCGGUCUAGACAUACUCGCCAAUUUUCAAGAGGCUCGCGUAAUCGCCGCUCAUAUGGUGGGAGCGAUGACUUGCUUCUCUGCUGGCACUCUCUAUUUCUGUUUUCAGACAUAUUUAAGUUAUAAGAUGGUACCAGCUAUGAACGGCACGAUUGUUGUUUAUGUGCGCGCAAUUCUCUCGGCUCUCACAUUGAUAUUAACGAUUGCUACUAUCAUUCCUGGCUACAUCUCGAUGUCUGAAUUUCAAGGUAAUGAUUACAAAAAGUGGCUACCGGCAGACGGUGGUUGGGGAUGGCACGUCGCGAGUACUACGUGCGAGUGGAUUCUUGCAAUAGUUUAUUGCGCAUUUCUUCUGACAUUUGUUUUGGAAUUUCGAUUAAUUAACUUUGAAGACCCCGUAGUUACGUUAAUGUAUUUGGAUAAAAUAGAGAACACAGCGACGCCGCACAAAACGGAAGUGACAAUGCCACAAGAUACGUAAUUUCUUUUCUACAACAAUUCGUCAAGCUUCCAUUAGAUAUAUAGUACUAGCUAUAUUUAGUCUUGCACAUUCCAAUCUCUCCAUAUAAUAUAUAUUAUAUCUCUGACAGUUAUUACACAUUAACGCAAAGAAAAAGAACGAGAGACUAACAAGGAGAAUGUAACAUAUACAUAUGCAUGUAUAUUGCAAAGAAUUGUAAAAAAAAAAACCGGUAAUUGAGUCUGUCACGACGGAAAGCCAAGAGUCGAAAUAUGAAUUUCUUACAUCCGUCGAAAACAAAAUAGAAAAGAAAUAUUAAUUAAGAAUGCAAGCUGUAUAUAAUACUAGCGAAUAAGAAGAAAAUCGUUAUACGUUAUACUGGCUUUUUCUUCCUUAACACUUUAUUACUUUGACAAUGUCAUUAAUUUAAAUGCAGUUGUAAGACAUAUUAUAAUUACGUAGCCAGUGAUAAAUAUGCCAUUAUCAAGAAUUGACAUCUCCGAACAGCGCAAGAUUAGAUUGCAGGCAUUAUGAGUGCAGACAAAGAAAUUUAAGACUCAUACCAUCAAUUAUGAUCAAUUGUGCGGCUUAACUAUGACAGCCAAUUCCUGUUUUUGUAGCGGUUAUUAUAUGAUGUGUG